CUCGUGUGAAGGUGAGGACGGGAUAUGAUCAUGCUUUAUGACAAAUAACGUCCUGAACGCGUUUAAAGCGCUGCACAAAACACGUUCAGCUGUAUUUAAAGACGAUGUCAGAGCCCUGGCAGCUGCAAGAUUAAAGAUCAAUGAGGAGUUCCGGAAAAACAAAAAUGAAGCGUCAGAAGAAAACAUUAUGAAGAUGAUCAAAAUGGGCACAAAUGUGGAAGCUGUUCUUCGAGAGGGCGUGAUACAAAUGGAACAUGUUGGAGAUAAGAAACUCUUGCUUCGACCAAGAGAGGGCCUUCUCCUAGAAAAUGUACCUUAUUGUGACCAGCCCAGGAGAAAGUCAUGAGGGAACAUCUUAUUGCUUUUCUUUCAUAAACAAACACAAAAAAGAGACUCGCUAUCAUCCGUCUUUUUUUUUUAAAGGAUUUAACGCAAAACAACAUUUCAACUUGUUCAGGAUGUCAUGAAUAAGGAACAUUUCAAAGGUCAUCACUGCAUGGAGAAAUGCCUUGUUUUGAUGCAUUGAAGAUCUCUGCUGUCUGUUUUAAGAUGUCUGUUAUAAACUGGAUGCUGUAAUUUCAUGAACAGCAUUUUGUACAAUAUAAUUGAAAUGUGGUUUUAUUUAUUUUGGGAGUUUUCUGCCUGCUUUUGAGCUUGUGAUUCAACUGAACUAGAGGGGGGAAAGUUUCUUUUCUGCUACUUAAAUGUUUUAUUUUAUUCUUAAUAAAGAGAAGUGUUCCCAGACUA